AUGCACAACUGCAAUCAAACACAUUCAAGUCCUCAAACUAAUGGACUCUAACCAUCUUUUUCUCACUUGGGUUCUUCUUGUUUUCUUGUCAAUGCCCACAAAGUUUCUCAUCCAAGCUCAAGCCAUCAAGCCCACACGACUCCUCGACCUCACAAUUCAAAACUACACCUUCAAGUCCUUCAAGAACUUCAAAACCGGCACAUCAUAUAAUAUCCAUUUGCCCUCGAAUUUUACGGGGAUCAACGUUAGCACGGUUAAGUAUCGUAGCGGAAGCCUCAAAAGGUAUGGUGCCAGUAUUCAAGAAUUUCACUUGGGUGUUGGUGUGGAUGUUCAUCCAUAUGUAGGGAGAGUCCUUUUAGUAACACAAAAUCUUGGAAACAAUUGGUCUAAUAUUUACUAUGACACUUAUAUUUACAACCAAUUAGUAGAUUAUCAACUUGUGUCUCCUGUGUUAGGAUUACUAGCUUAUAAUGCUGACUCAGAUUCUAAAGAAUUAGAGGUUAAAAUUCAGUCCCCAAAAGUCAAUGGAAUAAAGAUAGAUUUUAGCAACUACACCAUUCAAAAGAAUGACACUUUGCAUGGUAAGAUGCAAAUGUGUGCAACAUUUGGUGAUGAUGGUAAGGUGACACUCCAAAAAGAGGUUGCACCCAACAUUUGUGCCACCUCAAGCCACGGCCAUUUCGGGUUGGUGGUACAGUCACCAAUGUCGCCGGAGGGGAAGAAGAUAAAGCGGUGGAAGGUGGUGUUUGGAAGCUCGGCUGGGGCGGCUAUUGGGGCUUUUCUUUUGGGGUUGCUUCUAGUUGCCAUGUUUGUGAAUGGGAAGAAGAAAGCAAGGAUGGAUGAGUUGGAAAGAAGGGCUUAUGAAGAGGAAGCACUUCAAGUUUCGAUGGCUGGACAUGUGAUUCGAGCUCAUAAUGUUCAUAAUCAUCAUCAACCUCGGUGAGUUUAGGUGUUUGUUUGUACUACAUUGUAUCCAAAAAUUCUUUGUACUAUGUUUGAUUGUAAAAUGUCUUGUAUUUUCCCCUAAUAUUUUUGACAAUAGCAAAAAGUUUAAAUA